AUGCCUUCACUUUCGGAAUCCGCGCACCUGGCGGCCGAGUAUGCUAACUACCGGUAUCCCACUCUAGUGCCACAACUGUCGGAUCCCCACAGCCCUGGUGCGCCGACAAUUCAUCAACUGCAUGAGAGAUUGAAAGCCGUCGAAGAAUCUCUCAGGAACCAAAAUGACCAGCACGCCAAUAGGGCGACAUCGAUCUCUACGCCAAAUACGAUCCCGACCAUUGAGGAUGAUGCAGUCUCGCAUCACUGUCUGUGGGAAGACCACCACGUCUCGUACGAGGGCGAAUCUUCAUUCAGGCAACAGACUCUACUUGCAAGUCAGAUAGAGGAACUUCGACUUGAAGAGGCGCAGACCCCAGGCGUGAUUGACGAGCUUGCAACGUUACGAGGGAUAUGCCAACGACAAGAGACCCCCGUAGAAUCGCGAUCGAACCGGAAGAUUCGCCAUCGAACCGGAAGAUUCGCCAGCCUCAUUCAACAAAAGGGGCGGAGUUGCAGCUUCCACCAUCUGAAUCACUCCAUCUUGUUCCUAUUCUACGCAGUCGAAAAUCGCAUUCAAGUCGAAGAACUCUGUCGAAGGGUGUACUUCUCUGUAGAGCCAGUGACGAUUGGAGAAGUUACCUUGCUGAACGGCUUCUUGUCGGUGCUCCUCAGGGACAUCGAUUUCGAGUCAAAUCCCGAAUUCAGUCCAGAAGAAGCCAACCGGCUGUACACCAUGUGCAACUCCAACUUCAAGGCUGGAGUCGAGACUUACGAAUGUCUAAAGGCACAACAGGAUGGUAACUUGCCGCUACAAUGGAGCCUCAUGUCCGCUGCCGCCCGCCACGUCCUAGCGUUAGGUUAUCAUCGAAGGGGGAAGUUGGCCGCGUUACCGAACCAAGAAGCGCGGCGGGCACGACGACUCUUCUGGCACGUAUACUUUGCAGACCGGGGAUUGACCCUCACACAAGGAAAAGCGCCAGUUAUACAAGACAUUGAUGUCGAUGUCGAACCAUUCGAAAUCAUUCAAACGCCGGAGAGGAAGCCCUGGGAUACCUCAUUCUCCGCCUUCAUCGAAUUUGGGAGAAUACAAUGCAAGAUCUACGAAAAGCUUUACUCUCCUGCAGCAUCCCGCUCUACGGAGGAGGAGAGGCGGGCCAUAGCAGUCCAUCUUGCAAAGCGCCUAUCGACGUGGUAUGAAUCAUGGCGCAGCGUCGACUAUUCCCUCGCAUACCGAGUAGAACUGUUUCAGUUCACGUUUGAUGCGCUCGAGGUCGUUUACUAUUCCAUUCUAACACUCAUACAUCGUGGCGCAAGCAGCUCGAAUGCAGCCAGCGCCAUCACGGAGGAAUGCUUCGAGGCAGCUAGGAAAGGCUUGACCGCCCAUGCAACCGCAUACCCCCGGUCCGCUUCUGGGGGAUAUGCCUCUCUAUUCACUUAUGCCGUCUGGACACAGCUCUAUUCCUCAUAUACGCCAUACAUUAUCACAUUUCUCCACUGCAUCAGGACCUCGGACGAUCAAGACCUAAACCUGAUGCGCUCCUCCUUGGAGAUCAGCGAGCGCCUAAGUGGCUUGGUGGAAUCCUGCAAGAAGCAAUAUGAAUUAUGUCGGGCCCUGUACCGCAUAGCAGAGGCCUACAUCAAGGCGAAGAAGGGUGUCGCAUGUACCGCCGUACCGGCUGAGACUACCAUCACUCUACCCCUACAACAACCGACGUCUGAUAGCUGGCCCUGCUUCGAGUCAAAUCUGGAGGCGAACCCGUUCCCGGACCUGCACGUCGAUGACUGGAAUGGCUCUUACAUGGGACAGAUGUCAUUCACCUUGGAGAACCAUCUCGGAAAGGGCAGUCAUUAG